AAUUUUUGCGAUAUAUUUAAAAAAUCAAAGUAAAUUAAAAAUAAAUCAUUUAUUAUUGUCAGUCAUAUGGGUUGUGUAUCAUCAUAGUAAAAAGAAGAAAACAAUUAAUUUAAGCCAAUAUGUGAGAAGUAUCACAUUUAAUACAAGUCAUUCAAGGGAUAAAGCGAUUAUAUAAAACAGAAAGGAUAUCAAAUAGAGCAGAUGAUUGGAACUAAUUUUGGAGAUUGUAUUGUUUCAGUCAAAGAUUCUUAGAAUUAAGUUUAUGCUAUUAAGAUUAUUAAUUAUGAAUCUUUUUAGGUAUUAGAUGACACCUAGUAAGCAAAAAGUACUUACGAUAGCUAUAAAGAAAAUAAAUACAUCCUUCAGACUGAGCGAUACUUGGUUAAUAAAUAGAUUAAAUCGAUAUUUGCUGUGAGAGAAUUAUGUGAUUGCUCUCUUAGGGAUUUUAUUAAUGCUAAUACUUUGGCAAAAAAUUAAAUUUUUGCAAUCACAAAAUAGCUCCUUGAAGGUCUGAUUAGCAUAAGAAAAGCAAGAAAUAAUUAGCAAAUUAAUACAAAUAUCAAGCCUGAGAAUAUUUUGUACAAAAAGAGUAACAAUGCUUUUCUUUUUUCAGAUUUGGAUUGUCCAAUUGAAGCACUAAUAUAAAACCAGCAAACUGUUUAGAUGAUAAAAUACACUACACUUAAAUAGAGUCAGAUAAGUCUUUAUUCUUCUCCUGAAGUCACAAGGAAUUAUGAAAACUUCUCGAAUAAAACUGAUUUGUUUUCUUUAGGUCUUUCUUUAGCUGAAUUAAUAAGAGGUAAAAAAUUCUUAAACCACCAAUUAUAGGAUAUAAGAGACAGAGAUUGUCUUAAGCGAUAUCUGCCAAAAAAUACUCAUUAUGAGGACUAUAUUGAUAAAAUUUUAAUCAACAUGGUCAAGGUCAAGCCUGAAGAUAGACUUGAUCCAUAGUCUUUGCUAGAUAUUUUACAAGAAAAAUUCCAAACCACCGAUUAAGAUUUGCUUUCAAUAAAAGAUAUGGAAACUCCUUAAUCGGUGUUCUAACUAAUAGAGCCUAAAUAGAAUUAUUAAGAAGUUUGGGUUACUAAAGAAGACCACACAAAACUUAAAAAAACAGAUAAAUACAUUAACAUAAAUCUAAGUAUGAGUAACUUUGACGACGAAAUGCUUGACAGUGUAACUCGCUCUUUAUCACAUUGUCAUGAUACUUUAAGACUGGAAAUAAACUGCUUUGCUAAUUAUGAUAUCACUGAUUUUGGUCUUUAAAAUUUGAUUGAAGUUAUUAACAAGUUUCAUAAUAUUUAAAAGCUAAAAUUGGAAUUCCCAUCAUGUGAGAAAAUAAAUGGUAGUGCUCUGAACUAUCUUGCAAAAGGUUUGAAAAAUUUAAAGCACUUAGAUCAUUUAAAUCUUAAGUUUGAUGAGUGCUAAAACUUGUAGGAAGACGUAUUAUUCCAACUAUCAGAAGGUAUUUAGAAUUGUACAAGCAUCACCAAGCUAUAUUUGAGCUUUCAAUAAUGUUAAAAGCUUACUAGCGAAGGACUUUAAAAAUUAGCAGAAUCUAUGAAAUAAUGCAAGAAUAUAAAAAAUGUAGUAUUAAAUUUCAAUAAAUGCAGCAAAAUUAGCGACAGUGGUUUGGUAAAUCUAGUGAAUACUCUGCAAGAAGCUAAAAGCUUGAAAAAGCUGUAUCUCUCUUUUUGCUCUACAUUAAUAGGAAACGAAAGCAUUAAAAAGUUGAGCGAAUUAUUUUAAAAGCAAAAGCAAUUAGAAUAGUUUUAGUUAGACAUCAAAGACACAAAGGCAGAUGAAGAUUUAUAAAUAUUGAAAUUAUUUGAAAAUAUGUAGUUGUGCAUAGACCUUGAAGAGAUCAAGUUAAAUUUUAAAAAAUUAAAUUUUGAAAAUCCUAAAAACAUAGUGCAACAAAUAAGUGGUUAUUAUAAGUAAAAUAAGUACAUGGAAUACGAGUUGCAAAUAUGA